AUGGACGCCGAUCCCAAGCGCUGGCGCGUUGCUGCAGAUGUGGUUUGGGAUGUUGGGGCCUUCUUGGAGUGCCUUUCCCCCUUGAUGCCCCACCGCUUCCUGCUGCUUGCUGGGCUCGCCAAUGCUGGGAAGGGCCUCUCCCUAGUGAUUGCUCGUGCCACCCGCCUGCCGCUGUACGAUGCGUUUGCGAAGGAGGGCAACAUCAGCGAUUUGUACGCCAAGGGCGAGGCCAUCAGCGUCCUCUCCUCUCUCGCUGGCCUUGCCCUCGGCCUCAAACUCGCCUCCUCCGUCUGCCAGACAGCCCAAGCAAAGGUAGGACUCUGUCAACUCAUCUCUCCACUCACCUCUCCCCACGGUUCCACCCACCUGCACCUACAGCUGGCAGCAGUGCCGGUGCUGGCGGCGGUGCAUCUGUGGUCGGUGACAGAGGAGAUGAGAGCCGUGCCCAUCAACACUCUCAACGCCCAGCGCACCAACGUGCUCAUCAACCACUUCCUCUCCGUGAGUCGCUGA